CCCCCCCAGCCGGCUCAGCCUCAUCUGCCCCAGGCCCAACUCAUGCUGACGGGCAGCCAGCUCGCUGGGCUCUCAGCGCUGAUACCUGCUCAGCAGCAACUCCUCCUUCAGCAAGCUCAGGCCCAGCUGCUGGCCGCUGCCGUCCAGCAGUCCAGCGCCGCUGCCGCCAACGCUGCUGCCGCUGCCGCUGCCGCCUCCACCUCCUCCUCCACCUCUUCCGCCUCCUCCUCCACCUCUCAGACCCCAGCCUCCUCUGGGGGAGGCGACCUGCCACCAUCACAGCCUACCAGCCAGCCCCCAGGGACCCCACAGCUCACCUUGUCCCAACCCAUCCAGCUCACAGCACAGGACAUACAGCAACUCCUCCAGCUCCAGCAGCUGGUGCUUGUCCCAGGCCACCACCUCCAGCCACCUGCUCAGUUCCUGCUGCCACAGGCGCAGCAGAGUCAGCCAGGCCUGCUACCAACGCCAAAUCUAUUCCAGCUACCUCAACAAACCCAGGGAGCUCUCCUGACCUCCCAGCCCCGGGCUGGGCUUCCUACACAGCCCCCGAAAUGCUUGGAGCCGCCAUCCCACCCGGAGGAGCCCAGUGAUCUGGAGGAGCUGGAACAGUUCGCUCGCACCUUCAAGCAACGCCGCAUCAAGCUGGGCUUCACACAGGGUGAUGUGGGCCUGGCCAUGGGCAAGCUCUAUGGCAACGACUUCAGCCAAACGACCAUUUCCCGCUUCGAGGCCCUUAACCUGAGCUUCAAGAACAUGUGUAAACUUAAGCCCCUCCUGGAGAAGUGGCUCAACGACGCAGAGACUAUGUCUGUGGAUUCAAGCCUACCCAGCCCAAACCAGCUGAGCAGCCCCAGCCUGGGUUUCGACGGGCUGCCGGGGCGGAGACGCAAGAAGAGGACCAGCAUCGAGACGAAUGUCCGCUUCGCCUUAGAGAAGAGUUUCCUAGCGAACCAGAAGCCUACCUCAGAGGAGAUCCUGCUGAUCGCAGAGCAGCUGCACAUGGAGAAGGAAGUGAUCCGCGUCUGGUUCUGCAACCGGCGCCAGAAGGAGAAACGCAUCAACCCUUGCAGUGCGGCCCCCAUGCUGCCCAGCCCGGGAAAGCCGACCAGCUACAGCCCUCACCUGGUCACACCCCAAGGGGGCGCAGGGACCUUACCAUUGUCCCAAGCUUCUAGCAGUCUGAGCACAACAGUUACUACCUUAUCCUCAGCUGUGGGGACGCUCCAUCCCAGUCGGACAGCAGGAGGGGGUGGGGGUGGGGGCGGAGCUGCGCCCCCCCUCAAUUCCAUCCCCUCGGUCACUCCCCCACCCCCGGCCACCACCAACAGCACAAACCCCAGCCCUCAAGGCAGCCACUCGGCUAUCGGCUUGUCGGGCCUGAACCCCAGCGCGGGCCCUGGCCUCUGGUGGAACCCUGCCCCUUACCAGCCUUGAUGGCAGCGGGAACCUGGUGCUGGGGGCAGCCGGUGCGGCCCCAGGGAGUCCCAGCCUAGUAACCUCGCCUCUCUUCUUGAACCA